AUGGAGCCCACUGCAGUGUCCUCCCUGAUCAUAGUCCUGCUAACAGGACUGUGUCAGGGUCAGGAUGGGCUGUUGUCUCCUGGACCUGUGAAUGGAGCAGUGGGAGACAAAGUUCUGUUCACCACCACCAUCACUCCAUCAUCAACACCAUUCCUGACAGUGACCUGGACUUUUAAUGAUGUCACUAAUAACGUUGUCACAUCAAACCCCACUGGGAACACUACAGGACCUGCCUACAGAGACAGAGUCAGUGUGAACAUUUACACUGGAACUCUGGAACUCAGAGAUUUAACUCUGGAUGAUUCUGGAACUUACCAGCUGGUUGGAGUAACUACUGAUGGAGUAUUAAAACAAGACCAGACUGCACUGGAUGUGUUUGAGCGAGUCUCUAGUGUAACUGUAUCAGUCAAUGACACAGACCUGGUGGAGUUCAACAGCUCUGUCACUCUCACAUGCUCCGCCUCUGGCUCCUCCCCCUCAUUCCGCUGGCUGACUGACAGCUCUGAGGUCACGGCCGGUGGGUGUGUCCAGCUCAGUGACGGAAACCGAACUCUCACCAUUUCAGUGAACGGAUCUGACAGGGGACCUCACACAUGUGAAGUGUUUAACCCUGUCAGUAAACAGACGAUCUACAGUUCAGGUUCUGACCUCACACUCACCGGCUCAGCUGAGUCCAGACCCAAUACCCAGUUUCAGUGGGCGCUGGAUGGAGUUUUGCUGGACAGAGAGGGUUCAGAACUCAAACUGGACAACAUUCAGACCAGUCAGAGUGGCAGCUACACCUGCUGGGCCCAUAACACCAGAACCCAGAGAUACAGCACAUCUGGUCCCAUUAACAUCACUGCACUGGACAGAGUAUCUGGAGUUUCCCUCACUGGUCCAGCAGAGCCCCUAAUAGAAGAUCAAAGUUCUGCUAAUUUAACCUGUGAGGGAACUGGCUCCAUCAUGACCACAGAGUGGAUGAAGGAUGGUCAACCUCUGUCUCCUAGCAACAACAUCAUCUUCUCUGAUGAUCUGAGAUCAGUGUCCAUCAGUCCAGUGAGGAGAUCAGACAGUGGAGAAUACCAGUGUAGACUCAGUAACCCUGUCAGCUCUGACACUGCAACCUACACAAUGACUAUCUACAAUGGACCAGAGAAUGUAGCCAUCAGUGGACAGAAUGAGGUGGAGGUGGGGUCAAAGGUGACUCUGACAUGCUCUGCUGAAUCCACACCUCCUGCCUCCUUCAUCUGGAUGCUGAAUGGAAGAGAAACAGGAGAAACUACAGCCUCAUAUUCCAUACAGAGGAUUAACUCCACACACAGUGGGAAUUACACCUGCACAGCCUGGAACAAUGUCACCUCACUCAACACAACAGAGGGAUUGUAG